CAUCCAUGUCUCCGGUUGCUCUGGCCUCGACUGCUCUGGCCUGGCGCUCAGUGUCUGCCCAAUGUGUAGUCUCCACGUCGGAGCGCCGAGCUUCAGUGACCGCUCACUAUGACAACGAAGCACCGGCGGCGGCUGAGAGUGACCGGAGAGAACGGGGAGGCGGCGGGGCCUAGCCGAGGAGCUCAGGGAGGGAAGCCUAGCUUUAAGAGGAGCCGUACAUCUGGAAGGUCAUGGAGAAGUCCUCUGCUUUGGGGCGUCUUUGCUGUGAUCGUGGCCGUUUCCGGUAUCUUCCUUAUUUGGGGUUACCCCGGUGGAGAGUUGAUGGAGGUCCUGGCUUCUCAGCAGGAGACCCUUCAGCAUAAAUUCUACGCGGUGCCCUGCUCCCAGGAUUACGGCAACCACAAGAAGUUUACAGGGUGCACCCCGCUGAAAUGUGGGCGAGCGGUGACUGACGCGGUGAUAACCCAAGAGGAGGCCAGGAGGAUGCUGAGGAUAGCUGAGGCGGGAUUGUCCCUCGGAGGCUCUGACGGAGGGGCGUCUAUUCUAGACCUGCACUCAGGAGCGCUGUCAAUGGGGAGGAAUUUUGUAAAUAUGUAUCGGUAUUAUGGAGAGCAGAUGAAAGAGAUUGUGACUGAGGAGGAUUUUCUGCUGUAUCGUAACGUGCGGCGCAGAAUCCAGCAGGAGAUCACCAGAACCUUCGAUCUCGACGCCGCCUCUUUGUAUCUGACCAAACCCACCUUCUUCUCCCGGAUGAACAGCUCCGAAGCCAAAACCACACAUGACGAAUACUGGCACCCACACAUCGACAAGGUCACCUAUGGAUCUUUUGACUACACGUCCUUGCUCUAUUUGUCUGACUACUCCAAAGACUUCGGCGGUGGAAGGUUCAUAUUCAUUGAUGAAAAGAUGAACAGCACAGUGGAGCCCAGACUCGGUCGCUUGUCGUUCUUCACGUCUGGAUCAGAGAAUUUACAUCGAGUGGAGAAAGUGAGCUGGGGCACCAGAUACGCCAUAACCAUCUCAUUCACCUGCAACCCUGACCACAGUAUUGUGGACCCAACCUGGACGUAAAACUGGAUCCAGAAACCAAAGAGCCAGGCGGGAAUGUAUCAUUGCACUCUAGACCUGGAUACAGAAUCUCAGAUGAAUGUACCAAUUGACGGAGGGUCAUGUAUCCCAUGUUCUUGGCCCAAUAUGGACAUUGCUAAAGUGAAAAACACUGUCCUAUGGAUGUUUUGAAUGUAACAAAGUCCCAGAAUAGAUCCGUACAGCAUUGGAUAGGACCCAACAUUAACUUGUGGUCGUAAAGCUGAUUCUUCUCAGCCACAGUAAUGCUUUUGUUGAUCUAAUUAAUAUUGGACAGAAUCAAUAGAAACUGAGUCUAUUUGUUUUCAAUCAGGUUGUAAUAAUUUUUUUGAAAAGGUGUGGGGAGGGGUUCCUUUGGUAAUUAGGCCAUGCCUUUGACGGUUGUGGAUCAGAGAGAAUUCAUCACCUCUGUAUCAUUACUAUCCCAGUUUAGCUAUUGAUGGGACAGGUGUAACCACAGAAGCUACUACACUAGAGGAUGUACUUUGAUGGUACCUUGUGGUUCUUUGGUUCUACCAUCUUUUAUCUGUAUUUACAACGCUCCUGGCUUUCUACAGAACUUAGCUUAAUUUGGGCUUAGCAAUUGUCCAUGUAUCUAUUGGGUGACUACUGCAGAUCACCAUUGUCUUGUAUCAUCUGCUGUUGUCAUUGAGAACUUCCUGUUCCUUGCAACUGUUACCUUCACCCCCCUCAAGAAGGAGCACUACCUCCCUUUGAGCUUCUGUUGGGUGCAAAGUUAGGAGGAGGAUGUUGUUCUCUUCAGUAUUUUCUUCAGGCAAUAUGGUGGCCAUAAACGUGAUUUGGUUUUGGUGGUUGUGGGGGCUGGUGACUAGGAACUCCACUCCCUUAAUCAUUCAAGUAUUCAUUUCAGUCAAGUUAUACUAGGUGAUGACCACUAAUGGCCACCUUUACUGUGCCUAUAUGAGGUUGCCCUCUAGCUUUCCAUAGACUGUGGUGAAAGUAUAGAUUAAAUUUAAAACUUCAGUAUUGAGGUGCUCUCUCUGUGACUUCACCCCGUCACACAGAUAAUGUUGGAAAGGAUGGGGAGAUCCAUGCCCUCUGUGAAGACACUUCAUCGGUGCAACUGAACGACCAGGCUGAUAAGGAUUGUAGGGUAGUAGAAGGGUUAAUGGAUGCAUAUUUGGUUGUCUAGGGCUGUGAAUAGGUUAAUGCCUCUUGCUGGUGGUUUAGAAUAGUGGAGGGGUAAUACCUGUUUGUUGGUCUUAAGAGAAGAAGGGGUGUGCUAGAGGUUUAGGGUGGUAGAAAGGAUUAAAACCAUCAUCCUUGGUGGUCUAGGGUAAUGAAGGGAUUAAUAUGAGCUUCUCUAUUGGUCUAUGUUUUUGGCAGGGUUCAUUUUUACUUAAUUCAGUCAUAUUAUUUAAAAACAUGGAAGGUGAUAGCAUCUUUAACAUGCAAUCAACUUGGACCACUGCUCUUUUCUUGAAGGGAGGGACCUCGGCAGUUUGGCUGAAUUUGCAUCUGCUGUAAGAAGAUCCAGCUGCCUGAUCAGAUACAAAUGCCGGCUGUGAGCCAGACCAGAAACCACUGGAUGCAACAUUUUUUGGCUGGUCAAAACCCAGAAAGUGGCCAGAUCACAGCUGGAUCCCAAUAUAGUCAAAAGAGAUCUAGUAGUCAUCAGUAGGAUCCGGCAAUAACGGAAACAUUCACCAGAGAUGUGAAAAUGAACUUAGUAAGACUGUUGUGUCUUUUCGGCACCAAUUUUGUUCAGAUCUUUGUGCAGCUGAAAAUUGCACUUGUGUGACUCCAGACCAAUGAUCACUCCUCGCGAAGACCUAUAGAAUGUGGACACCUGGCUUCUGUGACACCUACCUUUUAGGAAUUUAUAGGGGCUAAAAAAAAACGGACCAGUGUUUUUCUUGGCAUGAAAACCCUUUAACCCCUUAAGGACAUGUACUGCGCUGGUGGACGUGACUUAAGUAUGGCUGGCUGAUUGGGCAGAUGCAAGAGCUGCGCCCGCCCGAUCAGCAGCACGGACCCGGCAGUCACUGACAGCCGGGCUCCUGCUGCAUACGCCAGCAUCAGUGAAAACACUGAUGCCGGUGUGUUUACCCCUUGUAUCCCGCAGUCAAAGCUUACCGCGGCAUGCAGAGGGUUCGCAGGAGGUACGGGUGCCCUCCUCUUCCCCAUCGGGUCCCCGUGCUGCAGUGGCGGGGAUCCAAUGGCAGAGAAGGCAAGCCUGAUGCCUUCCAUAGGCAUUGGAGCUUGCUUUCUACGGAAGCCUGUGAGAUCCAGCCCUUAGGCUGGG